CGCUCUCUCUCUUUCUUGCUUGCUCGCUCUGCAAAAACUCCGGCGAGAAGAAACGUUGCCGUUUCAUUCGUCGAGUAAUAAUGGGAAAAGCUUCACGGUGGUUUAAGAAUCUAUUCGGUCUUAAGAAACCCGACCCGGGCUAUUAUUCGGAUCCAUCCUUUGAAACACCUUCUCGUUCUAAUCCAAAACGCCGAUGGAGCUUCGUCAAAUCCAAACGCGAAAAAGAAACCGCACCGCCCGUUCACGUUUCUCCUCAUCCUCCUUCGCUACCAAACUCGACGCCUCCACCGCCGUCUCACCACCAAUCGUCUCCGUCUCCGAGACGACGGAGGAAACAGAAGCUUAUAUGGGAAGACGAGGGAGGCGAAGAAUCGGAUAAGCACGCGAUUGCAGUGGCGGCCGCUACUGCUGCUGUUGCUGAGGCUGCCGUCGCCGCCGCUAAUGCCGCUGCUGCGGUCGUUAGGCUCACGAGCACGAGCGGAAGGUCGACGAGAAGUCCUGUCAAGGCGCGUUUUAGCGACGGAUUCAACGACGUGGCGGCAGCGCAUGCUAGCAAGUUCGACGGUUACGGCCGAGACGGUCGUGAAGAUCUUGCGGCGAUUAAGAUACAAUCAACGUUUCGAGGAUAUCUGGCAAGGAGAGCGUUAAGGGCACUCAAGGGUUUAGUCAGGCUUCAAGCGAUAGUUAGAGGCCAUAUCGAACGGAAGAGAAUGUCAGUCCAUCUGCGCAGGAUGCACGCUUUGGUUCGGGCUCAGUCUCGUGUCCGUGCCUCUCGUCUUAUUGUUACUCCUGAAUCUUCUUCUUCCCAAUCCAACAAUACCAAAUCUUCUCACUUCCAAAACCCCGGUCCACCAACGCCGGAAAAACUCGAGCAUUCAAUCUCUUCCCGCAGCUCCAAGCUUUCUCAUUCUCAUCUUUUAAAGAGGAUUGGUUCUAAGGCUAGCGACAACAACAGACUUUACCCUGCUUACAGAGAAACGUUCUCAGCCACGGAUGAAGAAGAAAAGAUCCUUCAGAUCGACAGGAAACACAUCAGUUCUUACACAAGACGCAUCAGACCAGACAUGUUUUACUCAUCCCACCUUGUCCUAGACAAUGCAGGCCGGUCUGAACCAGUUUAUGUCACGCCUUUUAGCCCGUCCUCGUCGCAUGAAGAGGUCACAAGCCAGUUUUGCACUGCAGAGAAUAGUCCUCAGUUAUACUCAGCGAUGUCUAGAAGCAAACGUAGUGCUUUCACAGCAAGUUCUAUAGCACCGAGCGAUUGCACAAAAAGCUGCUGUUACGGAGACCAUCCAAGCUACAUGGCUUGUACAGAGUCCUCUAGGGCUAAGGCCAGGUCCGCAAGUGCCCCGAAGUCCAGACCGCAGCUAUAUUACGAGCGUUCUUCGUCAAAACGGUUUGGAUUUGUCGAUUUGCCAUACUGUGGUGAUACAAAGUCAGGUCCCCAGAAAGGUUCUGCACUGCACACUAGUUUUAUGAACAAAGCUUAUCCUGGUUCAGGUCGGUUGGACCGUCUCGGGAUGCCAAUUGGGUAUAGGUACUGAGAAAUGUUGUUGAACCAGUUAACCUGGCUUUGUUGUAGAUCAGUGGAUUAAGCUUUUGCUGCUAAUUUGCUUGGUUUGUAGUUUGAAGUUAAGUGGAUUGAAUCUAAAUUGCAAAUAGGACUUGUUUAAUCAAAA